GGGACUGACACCACACCCAUCUGUGUGUGUGAGUGUGUGCGUGUGUGUGUGCGUGUGCGUGUGUGUGCGUGUGUGUUUGAGUUGUGUGCAUAUUGUUCAGCAUACGCUCUGUUGUGUUUCUUCUUCUUCUUCUUCUUCUUCUUCUUCUCAGAACUGGUUGGCGUCAUCAUGAACACUUCCCCGACUCCCGCUCCAGGGACUGCAGUGCCAGCUGAAACGUGGCCUCCUCUUCCUGGAGUUGUGACGAAGGGCAUCGACACUGAGGAUGGAGCUUUUGCAGCCUUAAUUGGAGGGAUCGUCGGCUCCAUGCUGCUGCUACUAAUCUGCAUCAUAGCGGUGUUGCUGUGGUGUUUGUCCAGACAUAAAGGCUCAUACGUCACCAAUGAGAUGGACGACGCCGACGCCGAUGAAGACGACGCCGAGUCUGUUGGUUCUGACACGGCGGUCCAAAGCAGGGAACCUCUGACGACCAAAGACGACGAAUAAAAACAAAUGGAACAUUUUUAAAAUACAGACUUUGAGUUGAGUAGUCGAGAACUAAAGAGCUUUUUGUUUCACUGAGGAGAAGCACGAAGGAAGUCAUCUUUCAAAAGUAACCAUUUUCCUAAAGCUGCACAAAGCAACUUUGCUCAUUGCUGCCACCAAACGGCUGCAAGACACAACUGUUUGACAUGUGACGCUUCACGUCCCACACAUUUUAAUUCAGUGAUAUCAAUUGAUGAAUGAAUGUUGCACCAGUUGCAUCGUGCUCCUCAUGAAAUGGGAUUUUCUUUCUAAACCAAUUUGUCGAUAUUCACAUUCGCUCUUGCUAAUGUGAUUUGUCCAGUGACCCAGAGUAUCAAACUUGAAUAACUGUCACAGUAAUCUGGAAUUUAAUUUGGAGAAAUUGAGAAUCUGCAGCAGUUUUUCACGCUUUCUGAUUGAUUCUCCCGAGAUGGUUUGGUUUAAUGUAAAUAUGUGCUUUAUUGCAGCUUUAAAUAACGUCACACACUUUACUUUCUACUUUCUACUUCUGCACAAUAACAGCCAUAAUUGUAAGUAGCAUUUCCUGUUAAAGUCAGAAUGUUUGCCUCACAUUAUUCUGCAGGCUUAUUACCUGACUCAUGUCCUGAAUCAAAUGUUACAAACCACCAGACAAAACUUUUUUUACAGCAGAACAAACAUUUACCGGCUGCUGCUGGUUGUUGUAAUAUGUGAAGUGACUCUGACUUACAUACCACACUGUUGUGAAUCAGCUGUGAGGAAUAAUCGGAGUGUAUAUGCUCAUUUUCCAACCUCCAACUUCAAUCCACGCUGAUUUGUUUCUGCAUUUUUACUUUUUUUGUUGUUGUUUUUUAAUAAAUAGACAAAAAUGAUGAUAAAAUAGAAGGUAAAAAGGAUUUUUAGAGAUUCAAAACACCAAAGAGAGAUAAAAAUAAAUAAAUAAGAAAGUCAAUACUUAGUUACUAUAAUGAAUUGUUUUUCUACAGCUAGAAAUAUAAUUUUUCUGUUCUGAAUCUUUGUUUACUUAUCGAAAUCUCUUAUUUUACUUUUUAAUAAUUCAUAAGAAUAAAGUUUACACUUUUUGACACAA